AUGGCUGCAACUCAGCGGGCGCAUGCGGCAGCAGCUGGUGCACCAGCGGAAAUACCCGUUAGAGCAGAGAAUUGCCUUGCCGAGCUUUCGUUCGUGUUUACUGGCGUACUGGACGCAUUGGGACGAGAAGAAGGACAAGCCUUGGUCAAGAGAUAUGGCGGCAAGGUCACCACGGCCCCUAGCUCAAAAACCAGCUACGUUGUCCUGGGCGGCGAUGCCGGCCCAAAGAAAUUGGAAACAAUCCGCAAGCAUGGCCUGAAGACAAUUGAUGAACACGGCCUUUUUGAGCUCAUCAGAAAAAUGCCCGCAAAUGGAGGUGAUGGGAAAGCUGCUGUUCAAUAUGAAGCAAAGAAGAAAGCCGAACAGGAAAAGAUUAAAGAGAUGGCCGCUGAGAUGGAUCGUGAAGAGAAAAAGCGACUCGUUGCUGCGUCCGCGAAGCCGACCACUAAAUCCGUACCGACGUCCGGUAAUCAGACACCAGCAGCGGCAAACAAACCAGCUGUGGAUGACCGGUUAUGGACAGUGAAAUAUGCACCGACUUCCUUAAAUAUGAUAUGCGGAAACAAAACAGUAGUCGAAAAGCUUCAGUCUUGGCUACGGAACUGGCGUAGUAACGCAAAGGCUGAUUUUAAGAAGCCGGGUAAAGAUGGCUCGGGCAUAUAUCGUGCUGUCAUGAUUCACGGUCCUCCCGGCAUUGGAAAGACAACUGCUGCCCAUCUUGUGGCAAAACUUGAAAACUACGAUGUUGUGGAGACGAACGCGAGUGAUACGAGAAGCAAAAAAUUACUUGACGAGGGCCUACGAGGGAUACUGGAUACCACUUCUCUCCAGGGCUAUUUCUCUGGGGAAGGAAAAAAGGUAGAUGGCGGAAAGAAAAACCUCGUCCUUAUAAUGGAUGAAGUCGACGGAAUGUCAGCUGGCGAUCGCGGCGGUGUUGGCGCUCUUGCUGCAGUAGCCAAGAAGACUCGAAUUCCGAUCAUAAUGAUAUGCAAUGAACGAAGACUACCAAAGAUGAGGCCAUUCGACCAUGUCACCUACGAACUUCCAUUUAGACGCCCCACCGCCGAUCAAAUGCGCUCAAGGCUGUCUACUAUCUGCUUCCGAGAAGGCUUGAAAAUCCCUCCGCAAGUACUGGAUGGCUUAAUUGAAGUAAAACUCGACAGUCAAAACCUUGAUUUUGAUAAAGGCAAACAAAUGUCAAAAGCCUGGGAAAAGCACGUUAAUCUUGAAACCAUGGGAUAUUGUUGGCAAGAUCUUGACUAUUUAAUGCUACAAGAGAAUUAUCUCAAAACGAACCCUGUCAGGGCUAGUGCAUACAAUGGCAGAGAACGGAAACUCAAACUCCUUGAACUUGCCGAUGAUGCUGCUACGAGUAUCAGCGAUGGAGACCUAGUAGACAGGAUGAUCCAUGGUUCCCAACAGCAGUGGAGUUUAAUGCCAACCCAUGCUAUUUUCAGUUUUGUUCGACCAGCCAGCUGUAUGUCCGGUAAUAUGAUUGAUAGACCCGGAUUUACGAGCUGGCUAGGUAAUAACUCUAAGCAAGGCAAAAUGACUCGACAGAUCAAAGAAAUCCAAGGGCAUAUGCGGCUUCGCGCUUCGGGUGAUAGGCACGAAAUUCGGCAACAAUACCUUCCGGCUCUCUGGGAGCAACUGAUCCACAGACUUGAGGUUGACGGCAAGGAAGCAGUUCCAGAAGUCAUCGAUCUCAUGGAUAGCUAUUUCCUAACCAGAGAAGACUGGGAUUCCAUCCUUGAGCUUGGCCUUGGUCCGAUGUGCGAAAAGGGGGUGAAAAUUGAUACCCAGACAAAAGCGACUUUUACUCGUCUAUACAAUCAACAAUCUCAUCCUCUUCCGUUUAUCAAAGCAAGCACCGUGGUUGCACCGAAGCGACUCCCAACAAUAAAACCAGAUCUUGAAGACGCGAUUGAAGAAUCUGAAGCAGAGGAAAUACUUGGCGAAGCAGAGACUAAAGAAGAGGAUGACGAGCUUGAUCUUAAAAAGGACAAGUACAUUAGACCGCCGAAAAAGACAGCGGCAAGAAAGCCCGCUUCCGCAAAAGGCGCGGCGAAGCCGAAACCAAAGAAGAACAAGAGGAAGAAAGACGAUAGUGAUUUGGACAUAUCUGAUAGCGAAGAAGAUGUCAAGCCUACUAGGGGCAGGAAGACUAAAAAGUCUAGAGGAAAGACUUGA